UCUCGCGAGGCCGCGGCGGCGCCGUUGCUGUGGUUCCCUCGGCUGGGGCGGCGCUAGCGUUGGCGCCGCGGCCCGGCCCGGAUGUUGUUGUUUCUCCCCCUCCCCGGAUAAUGACGGGCGCUUCCUGCCCCUGAGCCGUAACGACGCCGGCUCAGCCUCGCCGGGGGACCCCGGCCGCUUGCCCGCUCCUUGUCCGCACACAGCGCGGCCCGGCCAUGGCGGAUUUCGACGAGAUCUACGAGGAGGAGGAGGACGAGGAGCGGGCGCUGGAGGAGCAGCUGCUGAAAUACUCGCCCGACCCGGUGGUGGUGCGCGGCUCUGGCCAUGUCACCGUAUUUGGACUGAGCAACAAAUUUGAAGCAGAAUUCCCUUCUUCUUUAACUGGAAAGGUUGCACCUGAGGAAUUUAAAGCCAGCAUCAGCAGAGUUAACAGUUGUCUUAAGAAGAACCUUCCAAUUAAUGUUCGAUGGCUACUUUGUGGCUGCCUUUGUUGCUGCUGUACAUUAGGUUGUAGUAUGUGGCCAGUUAUUUGCCUCAGUAAAAGAACACGAAGAUCGAUUGAGAAGUUAUUAGAAUGGGAAAACAAUAGGUUAUACCACAAGCUGUGCUUGCAUUGGAGACUGAGCAAAAGGAAAUGUGAAACGAAUAACAUGAUGGAAUAUGUCAUUCUGAUAGAAUUUUUACCAAAGACACCGAUUUUUCGACCAGAUUAGCAUUUGCUUUAUUUAUAGAGACUUAUCCAAGUAUGUUGUCUUUCCAAUGGUGCCUUGCUUGGUGCUCUCCUGGUGGUGGUAUAGCAUUGGUUCUACAGAUUAUUGUGGUGUUUUUUGUUCUUUGUUUUUUAAUAACAGCAUGUUCUAAGUGCAUUUUGUCAAAAUUUGCAAAAGUCAUUUCAUGCAAAUGUUAAGUACUACUUAAGUUAUUACUUGUACUUAUUAUGUUUGUUAAUGUAUCUUGAUUUUCAGAGUCUUUUAUAUGUGUGUAUAUAUACAUAACAUAAAUAUACAGCUGAAAAUAGCCUACAAGCGAGCAGAUUUUUUUUAACCCAUAAUACACAUAAUGAGUUGACUGUAAAUUGUGGAAGUUCUUUUAAUCUUUUACCUGUUUACCAAGUAACUUCUAUGACCCUCUCCAGAUUUUGCCCGUGACAUGCUAGUUGUAUGUUCCCCCCCCCCUUUUUGGGGUGGGGGGAGAGGAGGGACGAAGGGAAUAUCAGCCAGCCACCUCUACUGGGAUAAUAAGCAGUGCUUGUUUGAAACUGUCCAUUUUGGAACCCAAAUGUCAAUGCACCAUUAGAAGUCUCUGUGCUCUUUUGUGAAGAAAUCUAUCAGCUGGUUCUGAAGAAGUUCUACCUUAAAGGUUAAUAAACCAGAAUUCAAAGUAUUUUACUCAGACUAGAAAAAUCAUGAAAAGGUUUGCAUGCAUCUAAUGAUUACUAGAGCUCAGGAUCACAAAAAUACAUUAGUAUUGCAACUUAUAAUGUAUAUAUCUUAAUUCAGGUUAAUGCCAUGUAACAGCUUUACUCUUUACUUCUUAUUGUUUACCAGAUCCUGUACACAAGGGUGCAAAAAUAUUUGUUUCAGUAAAUUUAUUGUCCCAAGAAAAUCUUUUUUGGGUUUUUUAGGGUUUUUUUUAAAAUGCAUUUAUAACCUCACACAGGCAGUUGUUUGAGAGAAAUCUUGAAAAAUACAGUUCCAGACACACAUGCAGACGGAUGCCAUGUAUCACAAAAUUAGUCAAAGCAGGGUACACUGGACAAUAGUGAGAACUUAAGAAAUGUAUUGGAUAAAUAUUUAUUGCACCCUGAUUUCUUCCAAUUUAGGUUUACAAGAUUUAUUUUCUGCACAAAUAUGAUUUUUAAAAAAACUGGAUAUGUGAUGUAUGCUUGGGUCAGGCCAGUUCUAUUUCAUUCUGUUACUUAUCUCACUUUGUUGUACAUAUCUUCAUAUAUGUUUGUUUUUAAUAGCUACUCAGUAAUCUUAUUUUUUAGUUUGUUCUUUGUAUGUCUGGAAUUACAUGAACAUUAAUGUAUGCUAAGAAACUGUUCCUCAUACAUCUGUGGUAUCAAGCAAUAAUGUGAAUUACUAUGACAAACAAAUAUACUCUGCUUAAUAUUCGUAUGAAUGAAAAGUUGAUAUGAAUACCUUUCUCUUUUUACUCUUUUUAAUACAAGUUUCAUUUCUCAUUAAUAUAUACAAGUACCUGGAUGUUAUGAACUAUUUUUGUAUACUUCUUCAAAAUAGUUAUUCUCUAUAAAUCUUCAGUAGUGAAUGUUGUAUUCAUUGUUUGAUAUUGGGAGCUGUCUAGAAAGGUCAAGGGUUUUCUCUGAAUUAUCUUAAUCUGUGUUCUCUCUAUAUAUGCCCCAGAAUAGAGAUCUUCCGUUACUCAGCUCUUGUGUUUUUUGUGUAAGCUGCAGGUAUGUUUUACUGUUAUCAAAGUUCUCAAUGGACUGUAUAAAAUAGCUCUUUCAUAGAUGUAUUGUUGAGUAUGUGUUAUCCCUUCCAGUUCUCCACUGGUAUUUCAUUAAUGAAGAAGUGGCUGAAAGAUUUUCACUUGAGGCAUAUCUCUUGUAAAGUUACGAUAUGUGGUACUACCCUGUGUUAACACAAGAGCCAUGACUGCUCAAGGUGUCAAAUUUGUAUUAACCAAAUGGAUGUCAGUCUAAUUUUAUCAGACUUUGCAGCUCAUUUUUGAAACUUCUGAAUCACCCUUUGAAUAUCUGUUGUAGAAGUCCAAAUUAGAGCUUUUGUAGAUCAGAAACUUUGGAAAUUCCUUGAUAUGAAGGACAAGUCAAAAUAUAUGAAAUGGUCUAAGAAGCAAUUCUCAUCACACUCAAUGUCUCUGACUUGGUUUGGCCUUCAGAGAGACUCAGGAGUUUGGGAUCAUUGAGGCAGUUAUGGCUGACCAAGAUUUUUAAAUCUUUGUGGUUUCUCCUGUCAAAGUAGACCAUUCAUCCAGUAGUAGUUAUAAAACUUUACACAAAUCCCUUAACCCCUGAACAAAAAUCGUAGAAAUUGGAGAUGGAAAAGACCUUAAAAAGUCAUCAAGUUAAUCUCCGUAGCGGCCAGUAGGGAUUUUUUUUUUAACAUAAUUUCUAGUGUUUUGUCCACUAGGCAGUAUGUUUACAUGUCUCUAGCAGUGGUUUCAUUUUCUACAAGUCCAACUACCAAAAUUAAACAGUUUAUAGUUUGGGCAGGCCACAAGACCAAUGGUAAGGCGAAAAGGGAAUUAAAAUGCUACUUUCUUUUGCAGGAUAUUUUCAGGCUGCCCUUUUAUAAUUAAAAAGCAGUUAACACACUAGACUAGUCUGCUAUAAAGGAUAGCCUGAAAAUAUCCUACAAAAGAAAGUAACCUUUCUGAUUCCGUUUAACUAGUUAACUUUGCUUGAACUGUGAAGGCUGGAUAUGCACUUAAGAUUUCUCAUUUGUAUUCUUUUUAAUUAACACAGUAUCUAGUUAUGCCUUUUUAACCUUUAGCGGGAAAAACUGGUGCUAAGGGCAUCAAUGACUGUAUUUGAAAGUUAUUUUAGGUAGUUGAUUGUAAAUGCAGUUGCCUUUAAUUGUUUGGCCAGGAUUUCUCUUUCUUUCCAUAGUAUAAGCAAAGAAAAUCAGUUGUCUCCAUCAUCAAAAGAUGCACUGUAGUUAUUGGGGAAAGGUUCCCACUCCAGAGGGCUUUGGAUCAGGCCCUGCAUGAGAAGUCCUGAUGGUACAAUAUAUCUGCAAGAACCCUUAGCAGCUGGCCAUUGGUUAAGGUUUAAAGCUUCAAGUGCUAUUUGCAGAGUUUGCAGUCAGCUGUUAAUCAGAGGAGGGAAUCUUUAUAGAUAAAAGUUACAUAAAGCUAGUAAGCAUUUCAAAAUCCCUUUGGUAAGGGUACUUUUUAAUAAAUUUUACAAGUAAAUCCAAGAGUCCGUUAUACCCAUCAGAAUAACGGAACUUUUCAUUACCAUAUUCUGAGGACUUGUAGUAGUAGAGUUCUAAAUAUCAUAGGAAAGGGUUAAAAAUUGUUUUUCCCCAGAUUGCAACAUUGAAAUUUGAUAACUAACUCAUGAUUUUUAUCACAAGCUCCUGGAGGCAGGUGAUUAGGUUAGAAUCUCAGCUUUUUUUUUUUUUUAAGUAAAUUUCUAGCCCUCCUGUUUGCAGGUAACAGCUUGAAUAUAUGAACCCUAAGGGCUCAGAAACUAGAAGGAAAAGGAAAAGAACCCCACAUGUAUUUAUUUUUUUAAAUCGAGACAUUUAAACAAAUCUAUCUUUGAGGGGGAGUACCUCAUGAUUUUUGAAUACUUGAGGUUAGUAAUCCUGCAGAUUGCUUAAGAAAGCUUAAUACUGAACAAUUUAAAGAGAUAUAUAAAUGGGACAUGUACCUCUUAAGUCUGAUAACCUGUGCCUGCAGGAAAAAACAGUGAUGGGAAGGAUGUUAGCAAAUAUAUAUAUAUAUAUUUGCUAUCAGUGGCUAUAGUCUACACUUGAAAGCACUGCAUUUUUGUAAAUAAGGUCCUUCUCCCUAUCUGAGGUCAAAAUUUUUAAUGUGAAGGAUACUUAAAAUCAAGCAAGGAUGCAUCCUAGUCUCAAAAGAUGUCUUGGAUUCAUUGUAGCAGCGCAGUAGUAUGGGUAGUGCCUUCAGCUGGCUGGCUUUGGAUCCAUGACUAAAACCAAGUUCUUGCUUAAUUUGCUAUUGAAAGGACAGUGUUUUAGAAGAUAAAUCUGUAUUCAUCAUAAUUACUAAUUUGCUCCAAUUUCUGUGAUUCUUUCUCCAAAAGCAUCCUUCCCUCCUGUUUAGUGUACAGUAUAUAAUGAUUUUGUUGGCCACACUUAGCUGAAAAUAUAAUUCCUGAGGCAUUAAUAGGAAAGAUGAUAACAGAGCUAAUAGGCUGAAUGGGCCUGUCUACAUGAAGGCUUAUUUACAAAUUGCUUCCCAUAAGAUUACUUGGACUUUAGUAUGCAUGACCAUUUAAAAUGUAAUCAGCCUGUGGCCAAGGCAGCCCACUUCACUGUGUGGUGUGAGGAUGUUAAACACAAUGAGCAUUUUAGAUCACCAGAUAAGGAUAGAUGAAUUCCCUUGCUGUAAAUGCAGAACCUGAAUGUUUCCAAGGAAGACUAGUUCCACACUGAAAUGCUUUCCAUAUGCUUCCCUUUUCUAUGACAGGUAUGUUUGCAAACUGGGUGAGCCAGGAUUUUCUGGUAAUGAUGAACGCAAAUGUUCUUUUUGCUGGGAGACUUAAUCAGUGGGUGCCAGUGGAAAAAAGUGCAGUGGAAAAAAGUGCAGUGGAAGCAAAUGCUCUUGCUACUGUGUGAUGUGACUCAUGUGCCAUGUCCUCAGUUAAUGCAGUGCUCUAGUUUGCCACCAGAUUAAUAUAUUCAGUUUUGUUAGUAACAGCAUGUCAAACUUUGGACUUUGUUAUUGUCCACUGAUAUAGCAUAAUUCUUUUCCUCUGGAAUCUCCUGGAAAAAUGAGUCAAUGUGAUUUGGUAUGUUUUGAGACUGGUUGUUAAAAAAGAAUCCUCUGAGUUAUGUGUAUUAAAUUUAAUUUUGUCAGUAUAUAUCCCCACCACAUCACAGCUGGAUGAAAUGGAUUUUUUGUAACCUAGAUUGUUUUGUUUAAUUGGAAGACACUCUUUUAAAAGUUCAUCCAGGCUUAUUUCCUUUGAUACUGCUUCGUUAAAAUCAGCUUGUCUUGGAGAAAAUGAAGUUACUCUCCCAUUUAUCCUCAGGAGUCAAGCAUUUGUGAACGUUACAAUGAGGCAAUGGUGCAAUCAAGGUAAUUGUAAUAAAUUUUAGUUAGGAAGGCAAGGUGCAAAAGGCUGAACAUAGAACUUGGUAACAGAACUCUGAGUGUACUUCAAAAUGGGUUUCUUUCUGUAUCAAACGGUAUUGAAGGAUGAAGGUUAUGUCAAGGCUAAUUGAAUCCCUUUCCUAAGCUUUUGUAGACAGUGUUCUAAUUCCCACUACAUUUUGGGUCUCCAGCAAGUGCCUCAUUAACCUUUUUGGCUGUGCCCUAAUUGAUAGAGAUUUUGCCAGCUAUGCUACUUAUGAGAAACACUUCCACCUUAAAGAUAAAGCAUCUUCUACCUUUCUGUUAACUGGGUAUCUUUAGUUUAAAACUUAAGAUAUCUAGCUCAAAAAGGAAUCAAGGAUAAAAGUGGAGCAGCCUUAAUUACACACCAAUCUUUUCCAAAGCUAGAGCCUGUAAUUCAUGGUUAAUUGUUUUCAAAGAAAAAUCUUAACUUGUGCAUACAGCUCCUGUCAUGUGACAACAUAUCUAAAACCCAAGAGUUAGGAUCCAGUGAGGAUAGCUUAGAUUCAGGUAAAUGAAGUAGAUUUUGUAGCUAGUUGUCUUUUAUUGAAAAGGAACGGUUAAAUGUUCACCUUUAAGGGGCAGAUGUUACAUUUUUUAAUGGUCCUUGCAGUUUAAUUUUCUCUCUGUAAGAAAUAUUGAAAAUUACUUUGCCUCAAAUGUCAAAAACUAGGAUCUGUCAUUGUAAUCUAAAAAUUUUGGUUCAAUCAUUUUUAUUUUAUAAAAUGGGGUGGUUAAUCCAUUUUAUAUACCAUGCUUUAGCAGCCUUUUAUAAAUCAAAAUAUGGUGGUGCAGUGUAAUCCUAAAAUACUUUGAGGUGGUCUGCGUAUGGAGGAAUUUUCUUAACAAGUUUUAAAAGUUAGUUUGUGAUCUCUUAUGUUAUGGUUGCAACACACUGCCUAAUCCAUCAGAAUAUGCUUUGUAUAUAUUUUAAAAUAGAAGGUUUUUUUCAGAGAGUAAAUUGUUUCAAGGAAAUUUGAGUUCAGCAUUAAAAUGUGUAAUUUAUUUGGUUUCCCUAAAAGACCUAAAUUUUGCAGUGAAAAUGCUGACCUAGGUUCAACUAAAAUAAAGACAAUUUACUGUAGAUUGUGUGGGCUAAAUUAAUCCCUCUGUAACUCAGCUGAUUAAGUGAAGUUCCAGAGAGUUACCUUUGGCUGUAUAUGGUUAGUAAAAUCUUGUGAAACACAUUAUUAAUCAGUAAUCCUAAAAAUGACCUAAGAGAUCUGUCAAACUGGCCAAAUAAACAAACUUGUUAAAAUAACCACACUGCAUCAGUCUAUGUUUAAAAAAAUGAAAGCAAUAAAUGUACUUUUUUACAUUAAGAUUUAGUAGCAGUCUCCCAAAUACCUAAAUUCAAAAGUAAUCAUGUCACUUAAGGAUAUCCUGGUAAUAAACAGUUGAGAAUAUUAGAAGGAUAGGAUUGCUGUGACUUGACUAUAUUAACAUUACUCUUCAGAUAUUUUAAAUCCAGAAGGAGUGACUGAAAGCUUAAAGGCCAG